GACCAAAGGCACAGCCAACCUAGCUGGGCCAAGGACCUUCUACGACAGGCCGCCAAAGAUGACGAGGACGCAGAAGAUGUUGGAGCCGAGAGGCUCCACACCUUCUCUGUGCGCUCCAAAGCAGAUGUCCUACACCUGGUGCAUGGAGGUGAUGGCUGCGGUCUUCUCGUUGAUGAUGCCCUCUGUUUGUCAUACGCUGGAGCCGCAGAGGAUAUCAAACAGCUGAUCAGUUCCAAGGCUGUGCGCAGUGUCCGUCCGCAGCGUGAAGAAAAGCUUCGGCGCCGCAAAUCGGCAGAGGUGCAGCCAACUGAAGACACGCAGUACCCUAUGGGCGAGGUCCUGUUCUCUCGCUUUGAGCCAGACGUUUGCCUCCGAGACGCCGGAUGUGUUCGUUAA